AUGUCUUCGAAAGUUGAAUUAAGCAGCAAUAACAACAAUCUAAAUACAACAGAGGCCAAACCAUUAUGGCUUUCAAGCGCAACAUUUGCACGAGUUGAUCCGGAACUUUACUUUGAACGACACUUGCGCCAAGGACUGAGGCCUGGGACCCAGCGAGGGCUUGAUGAUUUCCGGGCAAUUAAUUCUCAACGGGGGAGUUUGACAUGUGUUGAAGAGGCUGCAGGACAGGGUAGUUUUGGGUCAUGUGUUGUUCGGUCUGGGCAGACAAGUGUUGUUUGUGGGAUUGUGAUUGGGACAACAGAGACUCGAGGAGGAGGAGGUAUUUAUACAAAUGUUGAGAUUUUGAGAGGAGGAUUUAAUAGUGCGCCGAGUGGUGAAGAGAUGGUAAUUUCUCAGCGGGCAGGUGAACUUGUACGAGCGUUAGGGCUGGGGCCAUCGAAUUUUGCAGUACGAGUACGGACACCGGAAGCAGAGAUGGAGGAAGAGCAAGCAGAGAUGGAAGAAGAAGAAGGGGUUGGUGAAGUGCGUGAGGAAUGGGAAAGAGAGCGAGGUAUUGUUGUGAAACGGGAUCGAUGGUUAGUAUAUACUGCACAUGUUCAAGUUCUAAGUCGGACGGGACCACCGUUUGAUUUGGUAUGGGCUGCUAUUAUGGGGGCACUUGGAGAUGUGGAUAUUCCUGAGUUUGAGGAGGAUGAUGAGGGCAAUUUGUUUUGUGUGGGCCGCCGGACGGGUCGCAAGUUAGAUCUUCCAGUAGGUGGUGCAGUUAGUAGUACGUUUGGAGUUGCUACUGUUGAUGUGAGUAAGAAUGCGGAUGUUUUUGCAGAGGGGUUACCUGAUUAUGAUGAAGAUGAGAAUAUGACAUCAUUGUCAUCAUCAGAAGAAGAAGAAAAAGAAUCUAAGCCUGAGUUAAAGGUAGUAAUGUUGGCUGAUCCUGAUGGAGAGAUUGAGGAGACUUGUGCAUCGUCACGGGUAAAUGUUGUAUGCAAUGGAGAGGGACGGUUGUAUGGGUUUAGUUUUGCAGCAAUUGGGGAUGAUCGGUUGCGAGGUCAAGAUUUGAAUCAUCAAGGGCUUGUACUUGAACGGGCACAUAUUGAGCAAGCUUUGGGUCUUGCGCAGGAGCGGGCGCGUAAGGAUGUUGCGUGA